AUGGCCACAGUGCCUUCAGCCAAGGAUUCUGAUGAACGACUUGCGGGCAGCCAGUUUAUCAUCACACUUGGUGAUGCUAUCGACUUCCUCGAUGGGAAGGCUGCCCCUUUCGGUACAGUUGUGGAAGGAUUCGACACCCUUGAGAAGAUCAACGAAGCAUUCACCACCUCGAGUGGGAGACCGUUAAAAGAUAUCCGUAUCAGGCACACCGUUGUUCUUGAAGAUCCCUACGAUGAUCCACCUGGUUUGGUUAUUCCAGAUUUCAGUCCUGCUCCAACGAAAGCUCAGCUUGCCACGGUUAUGAUUGCUGACGAUGAAGAGCUGGAUCAAGAAGUUGACGAGGAGGCAAUGGAAAAGCUUCGAAGAGAAAGGGAGGCUCGUGCGCAGGCUUUGACUCUUGAGAUGGUGGGCGAUCUCCCUUUCGCUGAAGUUAAGCCUCCGGAGAAUGUACUCUUCGUUUGUAAACUCAACCCUGUCACACAUGAUGAAGACCUUGAGUUAAUCUUUAGUCGAUUUGGGAAGAUAUUAUCCUGUGAGGUUAUCAGGGAUAAGCGGACGGGCGACAGCCUCCAAUACGCGUUCAUUGAAUUCGAACAUCAAAAAGACUGUGAGCAGGCUUAUUUCAAAAUGCAGGGGGUUCUCAUUGAUGAUCAUCGUAUUCAUGUGGACUUCUCUCAGAGUGUGUCGAAGUUGUCGGAUACCUGGAGAGACGCCACUAAUUCAAAGAGGGCGAAAAAUUCUGGAGGAUUUGGGGGUAUUGCCAGUCUCGAGAAGAAGAGGCACUACCUCCACCGAGAACAAAAGGACCCCAGAGUUCUCGAAGUCGAAGCCCAAGUCCUCGACGCGAUCGCUAUGACCGCCGAGGAAGGGAUGAAGAACGACAUCACUCAUAUACGUCAAACAAAGACAAGCACAGGGAUUCAGACAGAGAUCGCAAACAUGGUGGGCGACGUGAACACCGAUCAGAAAGAGACCGAGAGGGUUAUGGGGACUCUCGAAGGCGUGAGAAGAGCUACAGAUGAAGUCCCGGAGGAAAUGGUUUUGAUUGGUUUGAAAGAAUGA